CGAAAGUAUUAAAAAAGUUGGGAAAAGUAUUUAUUAAUUUCGUAAAAUAAUGGCGUUAUAUAGUAAUAAAUAUUUGUCACUUACAUUUUGUCUGGUAAUUGGUUUCAUAUUGGUGGGAAACAAUUUUGGAGCAGAUGCUGAAAAAGAAAUUCCAGCAACGAAAUUUGGACAAAAUGUUGGAGGACCGACAAUGACAUUUCUUUACUGCUACUCCUGUGGCUAUCGUAAGGCUUUCGAGGAUUACGUUAACAUUUUAUCCGAAAGGUAUCCACAAAUUACUGUAUCGGGAGCCAACUACGAUCCGCCUGGCUUCAAUAUGUACUUUUCGCGCAUUGUAUUUGCAGCCAAAAUACUUUUCAUUGUUGUGAUCGUAUCUUCAUUUGACGUAUUCGGUGUCUUUGGACAACAAAUACCUAGUUGGUGGCAACAUUUGUUGGACAAUAAGUUGUAUGCUUGUAUGAUGGUUUUUUUCGUUGGAAAUAUGCUUGAGGGACAGCUGGUCGCUUCCGGCGCCUUUGAAAUAACACUUAAUGAUGUGCCGGUAUGGUCGAAACUGCAAACUGGCCGCAUUCCUGCACCUCAAGAGCUAUUUCAAAUCAUAGAUAAUCAACUACAAUUCACAGAAACUAUUCAAGAGAAUCCAGACUUUGUUAAAUAAUAAUAAGACCCAUUUAUAUAAAUACAUUCAUAUGUUCUACACAUAAACUUAGCUCAACUAUGGGAAUUACUAUGUAGCCAAUGUACUAAUGUUGAAAACAGUUUCUAUAAUUGUGUAUAUAAGAUUGUGAUUGAGUGCCGUAAAAUUUAAUAUUACUAAUCAUUUAGGCCAAAAUUGGGUGGAUAACUUAGAAUAAAAACAAGAAGUGUUCUGAGGUCACAACUUAAACGCAUUGGCUUAAUUUAAGUAUAGAUGUCCUAUUUGUUUGUUUUUAAGUUAAAAUAGUUUAUCUGAAUUUAAUUAUUUUCUGAGUUUUGAGAGACCAGGUGAAGAGUCAACAAAAUUUAUAAGCAUUAUAAUAAAAUUAAAAGACCAAUAAUUUUAA